GACGGUUUUUCAGUGCCACUCGCCUGCAUGGAGUGAUUGUCUACUUCCUUCAAGCACGCAGCAGGUGCUUUUUUUUUGGCAAAAGCACCGAGAUCAUUUUUUUGGGGCAUGACUGGACAAAAGCAGUGUACUACUUGACCUGGUGCGGCGGUGAAGUGGUGAAAUUUCAUGGCAGAUACUUCGUAUUCAGAGUUUUUAUAAUACUUUGGCAUAUACCGUGGAGGAGUCCUGUGAAGUUAUCGUAAAAGCGGAAAAGUAACCCUUGGAACCGGUCGUUUGAUCGAUUGGAAUCGGCACGAUGAUUUCAUCGACAGAAGAGAAGAAGUGUCGGGAGUGUGAGGUGAUACGAUUUUCACGGCCGCCAGGGCAGGGGCCCAUCAGACCAUGCCUGAGCUGUUCAGUGUCGGAGGAUUUGGAGGAGAGUGACCAUACCAUCCCGGCGCUUCCCUGGUCCGAGAGUUUCAGCGAUGUCACCAAGAAUGACGGGGCUCCCCGCCACCACCUCCAGCGGCGCAGGUCGGUACAGAAGAUCAUCCACCAGGCUAACAUGAGAAAGAAAAUGAAGCUGAAGCGACUUGUGAACAAGGACGGCGCCUGCAACGUCAUCCACAACACCAAGGCCACGUACAAACUCGACUUUCUCACGGACAUCUUCACGACGCUUAUUGACCUGCGAUGGCGUCUGAUGCUCCUGUUCUUCGGCCUGGCGUAUCUGAGUGGCUGGGCAGGAUUCAGCGGUCUUUGGUACUGCCUAGCCUGGUGGCACCAAGACCUGGGAUAUCUCAGCCGCAAUGACACCAGCUUUGAACCCUGUGUGGCAAACGUCGAUAGCUUCAUCGGAGCAUUUCUGUUUUCGGUUGAGACGCAAACAACCAUUGGUUAUGGCUUUCGCUCUGUCACUGAGCAGUGUUGGAUCGGGGUCUCCUUAGUCGUCAUCCAAUCAGUCUUUAGCGCGCUGGUCGACGCCAUUCUCGUGGGAUGCGUAUUCGCUAAAAUUGCACGUCCUAAAAAGCGUGCCGCCACAAUCAAGUUCAGCCGAAAUGCUGUGAUAGCUGAACGCAAUGGCAAACUGUGCUUCAUGUUUCGGAUUGGCGACAUCAGGAGCAGCCAUCUUUUCGAUGCCAGGACUCGAGCUCAGUUGAUCAGACCAAAGAUCACCCAGGAAGAGGAAUGCAUCCCGCUGUACAGUCAUCCAAUGGAUGUUGGAGCAUCAACGGGUGAGGAUAAUCUCCUUCUAGUCUGGCCCCUCAUCAUCUGUCACGUGAUCGACGAGAAGAGUCCCAUGUACAAAUACUCCUACAUCGAUUUGUUGGAGAACUCCUUCGAAAUCGUGGUCUAUCUGGAGGGCGUUGUGGAGCAGACUGGACUGCUCACGCAGGCCCGCACGUCUUACCUUCCCUCAGAGAUCAAGUGGGGUCAUCGGUUCAGCAGCCAUAUUGUGUCCAUGGCUGACACGGAUGAUAACCUCAGCAUUGAUUACACACAGUUCAAUGCCACCUAUCCCGUGGCCGACACGCCACGGAGCAGCGCAUACGAGCUCGAUUUCAUGAAGAAAACGGGGAAGUCUCUCAAGCCUACGCUGACCAACGGAAGACUGAGGAGCCACAGGAGUCUUCCGAAUAACCUAGGAGGCCUGGGGAUGAGGAAAAGCAGCAAGGAGCUACGAUUCGCUGAGAAGAUGGAGGAGAAAUUUCACUACAUCAAGGAGGAUGACAAUCCCCCUGACUACAACGGCAUAACUGCGACUUGUGUCGACGAAACUGAAUCCCCUCCAAGCACACCGACGAUCACUGGAGUAACGAGGUGGGAGUCAAUGGAAUCAGAUGUCUGAUAUCGGUGUAUGUUACCAUGGUAACUGCUCACCUUCAAAAUAACACUUGGACCUAUGCAUGGUGGAGGGAAGUAUAGGCUUUAUUCACGAGUCGGCCAUAUUAAAUUUAUAUCUUCACUUUUGGAACUUGCGAAUAGAGAUGAAAGUUGGGAAAUAAAGCGAAUUACAAAUUAAUCUCAGUCUGCUCUGAUGAAUAAUUAAAAAGGUUGUGAUUAAAUUUAUGCUUAAUGUUUUAAGCCACACGAAAAAAAAGCCUGAAAGUGAGGCUUGGAAAGCAGAAAUAGACUGGCACCAUCCAAUUCAACAGUUUACAAGGCAACAUAUACGUGAUUUUGUCGCAACGACUAUGUCGCGCGGCAACGCCGCACACGCGCGUGUGAAUGAACAAAUGUACGUGAUAAUGUUGCACGAUUUUUGAAAUUUGCGAGAUAAGUCGCACGACUUUGUUGCGUAAAUGAAAAUGCGCUCAUUGAUUUGUUCGAAUGUAUAAAAACUCGAGACAUUAUCGGGCGUCAAAAUCGCGUAUUUGUAAAUAAAAUUCAGGGAACACUAUCAAAAAUGGCUUCCUCGUUGAUAAGGCCAAAA